AGAGCGAGAUACUCGAGAUCUGAGCAGAGGGGAAAGUCAUCUAAGAGGCUGCUGCUUUACAAGGUCUGGGCACAGAGCUGCCCCUCCCUUCCUCCCUGAAGUUUGCAUGAAGUGCACGUUAGGCUGUAAUUAGGGGAUCUGGGAGGAGAACUUUCCUGGUGACGCUUUGCUUUUCUUCUGCUCUUGGUGAGAAAGUGCCUCCUUCUUCCCAGGAUCAGGACCUCUGCCAUCCAGCGCCACAAAGAGACAUUCUGCACACACACACUCUCUCACACACACACACACUCAUACUCGCCCAGAGACAAACUUAAGGUGAGGAGAAAGAGCGCUAGCUUCACUUGAUCUCCAGCUUCCAACUUAAGCAGAACUUGAGAGCAUCCGAACUCCUGGAUUUCAGGACAAGUGAAGAAGAUUCUUUGGGCUAUAAAGAUGAAGAGUCUACUUCUUCUGGUGCUGAUUUCAAUCUGCUGGGCUGAUCAUCUUUCAGACAACUACACUCUGGAUCAUGACAGAGUUAUUCACAUCCAAGCAGAAAAUGGCCCCCGUCUACUUGUGGAAGCAGAGCAAGCCAAGGUGUUCUCACACAGAGGUGGCAAUGUUACACUGCCAUGUAAAUUUUAUCGAGACCCUACAGCAUUUGGCUCAGGAAUCCAUAAAAUCCGAAUUAAGUGGACCAAGCUAACUUCGGAUUACCUCAAGGAAGUGGAUGUUUUUGUUUCCAUGGGAUACCACAAAAAAACCUAUGGAGGCUACCAGGGUAGGGUGUUUCUGAAGGGAGGCAGUGAUAAUGAUGCUUCUCUGGUCAUCACAGACCUCACUCUGGAAGAUUAUGGGAGAUAUAAGUGUGAGGUGAUUGAAGGAUUAGAAGACGAUACUGCUGUGGUAGCACUGGAUUUACAAGGUGUGGUAUUCCCUUACUUUCCACGACUGGGGCGGUACAAUCUGAAUUUUCACGAGGCUCAGCAGGCGUGUCUGGACCAGGAUGCUGUGAUCGCCUCCUUCGACCAGCUGUACGACGCCUGGCGGGGCGGGCUGGACUGGUGCAAUGCCGGCUGGCUCAGUGACGGCUCUGUGCAAUAUCCCAUCACAAAGCCCAGAGAGCCCUGUGGGGGCCAGAACACGGUGCCUGGAGUCAGGAACUACGGAUUUUGGGAUAAAGAUAAAAGCAGAUAUGAUGUUUUCUGUUUUACAUCCAAUUUCAAUGGCCGUUUUUACUAUCUAAUCCACCCCACCAAACUGACCUAUGAUGAAGCGGUGCAAGCUUGUCUCAAUGAUGGUGCUCAGAUUGCAAAAGUGGGCCAGAUAUUUGCUGCCUGGAAACUUCUUGGAUAUGACCGCUGUGAUGCGGGCUGGCUGGCGGAUGGCAGCGUCCGCUACCCUAUCUCUAGGCCAAGAAGGCGCUGCAGUCCUACUGAGGCUGCAGUGCGCUUCGUGGGUUUCCCAGAUAAAAAGCAUAAGCUGUAUGGUGUCUACUGCUUCAGAGCAUACAACUGAAUGUGCCCCUAGAGCACAUCAGUUUUAAAGUCAUAAAGAACAUGUGAAAGGUGUUUUUUUUUCCAAUAUGAACUCAUGCAAGUUACCAAAACUGUGAUAACCCUUUUUUACUUACUGUAAAGAGUCAUUUUCAUAAAGAUCAAUUCAUUGAUUUGUUUUUUGUAAAGCUAUCAUUCAAUAUAUAUUAUAAAUUAAUAUAAACUUAAGGGAAGCUCUACGUAAGGAGACUUAGAGCCAAACUCUUUAAGCUGUAUCAUCCCAAUAAAGUAUCCUUUCAUGAACGGGGCAUGCAAUAGCUUGAGAAUUGCUAGGAUUAAAUUAAGGAAAGUAAAGCUACUCAGAGCAGCAGGCUUCACAAGCACAAACUUUACACAUUUGUACAAUUUUGAAAUGCACUACAAUAAACAAAUUACAGUAACAAAUUUGAAAUACAGGCUUCUUUACAUAAACUGAGAGGUUAUACAAAACUCAGUUUCACAAGGGAACAAUCUAUACCUUUCUAAAAGUUAAUAUUUCAAGUCUCCAAUAGACAGAAUAUUUUACUCUUUAAAAUCUUGCCUUUUUGACCAAAAAAAAAAAUUCAUAUGAACUCCAAUCCAUAGUAACAAGCACAGUUAAAACUCCUUAAUAAUCCCAUUUAUAUGAAGUAUGACACAUAAAUAAGCAGAUAAUAUUUAACCAAUGAAAGACUUCUACCUUCUUAUAAUUAAAAUUACACAUGUCUGAGAGGAAUUGUUUUAUCUUUUGAGUAGCUUUACUGAGUUGUAUUUAAAUUCUAAGGGCCAUUUGCUAAGCAGCAUUUAGCAUCUACUCAGGGCAGUUAAAUAGAUAAACUGCUGGACAGAAAAAUUGUAAAAUUUAGCAGCUUGGUUUUCUGUUAGCCUAUGAAAUGUUAUUGUCCUAUAAAAUAACUUUAAACUUAUUUAAUAUUCCAUAUUUACAUUAUAUGAAAAUCAAUUACAUUAUAAAAGGAAUCCCUAAUGCAGAAACAAAGACCCAACUUUCAAAAUUCUUAUUAUUCCUAUUUGUAUAUACACUAGAAAACCCAACUAGUGCCUGUGUUCGGGGGGGAAAGUCAACAGUGUAGUUCUAAACCUUAUCCCAAAUAGAAAAUGUGGUUAAUGAUGUCACUUUCCUUGCUGGUCAUCAUUAGGCUUAAAUUAAAUGCUGAAGCUGUCAUCAAAGAGUUUACACUAAAAUCUUCAGGGUUUUGAAUAAAUGGUUAAGUCCAGCUUCAAAACACAAUUUUCCACAUUAGCAGCUCCAAUCUUAAAUAAAGCUCUGUUUUCCUAUAUUUUUAUGACUGCUGAGACCCCACAGGGACCAAUAUUUGUAUUCAAAUUACAUUUCAUGGUUUCCCAUUGUUUCACAAUGAAUUCUAAUAAAUGGGAUUUACUAUAAUAAUCCAAGUAUGACAUAGCUGGUAUGCUUUCAUGAAUGUUUUUAUGUAGAUUUUCCUCCCAUGAACAUGAGUAAAUAAAUCUGUUUCCUGAA